AAAAACAUUUCAUAAGUGACUACUAUCAGGUUAUGCAUCAUGGUGCGCACAUACAGAAUUCAGACAAGUAUGUUGAUUACUGCCACCAAUUGUUAUGUAAGCUGAGAAGAGUGAACCCACAACUAGAUAUAGAUGGAGAAAAAAACAUCUGGAUUUCAAAACCAAGAGCUCUAUCUAGAGGAAGAGGGAUACGUUGCAGAAAUGAUCUGAAAGACAUAUGUUCCUUGGGAUGGAAAUGGGUGGUUCAAAAGUACAUAGAGAGACCACUUCUUGUAUAUGGAACCAAAAUUGAUCUCCGUCAGCAUUUCCUCAUAACGGACUGGUACCCCUUAACUAUCUGGUUCUAUAAGCACAGUUUCCUCCGUUUCUCAUCUCAGCCCUUCACGCUGGAGAGUUUAGAUACCGCCAUCCAUGUAUGUAAUAGCGCCAUACAGAGAAAAUUAAAGAAUGCACCAAAUCGUCACCCCAACCUGCCUGAAGAAAACAUGUGGCACAGUGACGAAUUCAAAGAGUAUCUUUGUACAAUCGGAAAAGAGCAAGUCUGGGAUUCAAUCAUUAUACCAGGGAUGAAGAAAGCCCUCAUUCAUACAAUGAAGGCCGCUCGGGAAAAUGUGAAGUACAAGAAAAACAGUUAUGACCUUUUUGGUUCAGAUUUUCUGUUUGGAGAAAACUUUCAGCCCUGGCUACUUGAGAUACAAUACAAACCUGACAUAACCAAAGACACGUCAGUAAUGAAGAAAAUUGUUCCACCAAUGGUAGAGGACAUUCUACGUGUUGUGAUUGAUUACAAGGAUGACCCUAACUGUAAUGUGGGAGGAUUUGAACUUAUAUAUAAACAGUUCUAGGCAAAUUAUACUGGAAAUGUGUCACGGUCAGCACCCAACACCAGAACAGAUGCCAGGCACCCUGGUCUCGGCUCGUACUUCACCAGUUAAGUGACGGCCUUUGGCCUCGGGAGGAGCCCUCAGCUUACUCAGAUGCCACCUGGACUUAACGAGAGGUGCAAGGCGUAAGUUCUGGCAGGCAAUGGGGCACGACUGUUUACAAGGAUGCUGGAAGAUAGGAAGCCACCAUGAACAGGCAGGCCGGACCAGCAGUAGGAAUCGUCAGGCAGGUAAGGGUAUAAACCAGGUUAUCAAUUGGAAGGAUUCAGCAUGAGAGUAGUAGAGAUUCAGGCAAAGAUCAGGAUUGGAGAGAUCAGCGUAGUAAGCAAGCAGGUAUGGGUCAAACACGAAGGAUCAGUCAGGAUUCACAACAAUAAGCUCUCAGGAACAAGCUAAUUGAACCUACAAUGGGCAAUGAGCUAAUACUAAAAAUCCCCUUUUAUACAUUUGAAUUUCCGCGCCAAUGCACGCUGGCGCAAUCACGUCAGCACGCCUGCGCCUUUAUGCAUUGCCCUAGAGGACUGGAACCAGCAUGGAGCAGGGAGCAACGCGCGUGGACCCCACUGCCGGUAGACCACCAGGGUUAGAGC